AAUACAUUGUACUAGAUGAGGAUGAAACAACUUCGCACAGUUCGGAUGGAGUACGUGAAGUCCGAAACCAGGAAAAUAUAACAUACACCAGACCACAAGAAGAAAAAAAUACCCGCAAGGAUUCUCAAAUCAAUCAAAAGAUGGCUAUGUACAACGACAAAACGUCUUCUUCAUCCUUGAAAGAAAUGCUGAAAUCUAUGGCCGAAAAUUCCUCCAUCCACGGAGUUUCCAGAUGGGUGACUUCUAAAUAUUGGUAUCAGCGCGUGCUCUGGAUUCUGGUGUUUUUAGGGGCCACCGGAGGGAUGAGUUACCAAUUGUCUCUUUUAUUCAAAUCUUUCCGUUCUUACCCAGUGAAGGCCUCUGUGGAUCUCAGGUUUUCUUCCCUCCCGUUUCCGGCUGUAUCUCUGUGCAAUAUGAACCCUAUUAAACUAUCAAAGUUGAGUCUUACUAACAAAGAUACACAGAAUGUGAUCAAUGGUACCAAUCCUUCAUUGUGGAGUAGAAAGAAAAGAAGUCUUCACGCCAAAUCAAAUAAAUGGCGCCGUCCGAUAUCAAAUCAACACAACACUGGCAUCUAUGGACUGGGGGCCUCAAGAAGAGAAAGAAUACAAAAGGUGUUUUCGCCUUCUUUGUCUUCAAAGUCAAGAAGAAGAAAGAGACUGAAACGAAGUUUGUCUGGAGCAUCCGAUGGAUUAUUGGGAGAUAAUACGAACACAGUUAGUUCUUAUCACACCAGUACAUCGGGAUACUCCGGUAGCGGUUCGGGGGAUUACGGCAGCGGUUCGGGAGACUCUGGUAGUGGUUCGGGAGAUUACGCCAGCGGUUCGGGAGACUACGGUAGUGGUUCGGGAGAUCAUUAUUAUGGUAGUGGGUCGGGAGAUUAUGCUAGCGACGGCACUUGGUCAUAUUUCCAAGAUUAUAAAGAAGAGCUGACCCACUAUGUCCAAGACGAAUGGAAUCAAAGAGUGUCUCAAUUUCAAGAAGAAUUUCAGAAAAAUCCAAGCGACACCAGAGAAAAAGUGGGCCACUCCAUUUCCGACAUGAUUGUAUCUUGUGCUUUCAACGGAAACGAAUGCUACGAAAACAACUUCACCCUGUUCCAGUCUCUGGAAUAUGGCAACUGUUACACAUUUCAGGACAGUUCUUAUAUAACAAAGCGAUCGGGACCACUGUUAGGUCUUCGCUUAAACUUGAAUAUUGAAACCAACGAAUACGUUGCCGAUUAUAUGGACGCAUUUGGACUGAGAUUAGUAAUUCACGAACCCGGGACGUUCCCCUUUCCGGAAGAGGAAGGAUUCACUCUGAAUCCUCGAUAUGAAACAACCAUCGGAAUGAGAUUAGUAUCUUAUCGAAGAGCCUCAGAACCUCAUGGUCAGUGCGAAUCUGGAAAAGACUUCAUAAAAAUGUUUGGGAUACGCUACACAAUACCGGCCUGCUUAAAGCUGUGUCGACAGAGAGAAAUAAUUAAGCAGUGUGGAUGUAUUCCUUCCAACUCCAACGUCAACGGCUUUCUUCCUCUGCUGCCCCUCUGUUCAAAUUCGACUGAACAUGAAUCUUGCCAGGAAUAUUUGAACUUCAAGCUGGAAAACAACUUAAUUAGCUGUGAUUGCCGAAGUCCCUGCGAGCAGUUAGUCUACGACACAAGCUUGUCUGGCCGUUCCUGGCCAAGCAAAAAGUUCUUGACAGAGAACAUCAUGAAAAAAAUCUGCUCGGAAACUGGUGUAAAAUGGUAUUUCGAAGCAGACUGCGUCAAAGUGAACAGCAAUAUAUUGCUGGACGCCGCCGCCAUAGAAAGAAUCUCAGGAAAUUUCCUGAAAGUUGUCAUUUAUUACGAAGAUUUGAAUUACGAAGAAAUAAAGGAAGAACCAAUGUAUGAUGGGUUCCAGUUUAUUUCUGACAUUGGAGGUGCGCUUGGUCUGUUUAUGGGAGCUUCAAUUUUGAGCUUCGUGGAGGUUUUUCAGUUCCUGAUCGAAAUUCUAAAUCUCCUGAGGAAUAAAUUUUUCGCGAAACGUGACCCGGCCCUAACGCCGGUGACUGAACUGUCGUUUCGUGACCCCCUCGCAGGGAAGGGGGAGAAAGAAAAAAGUAUUGGACAUUUUUAGAGAGCAAACUGCUGCCUUUAUAUAGUUUAGUUAUUUUUUUAAAGAUCGAUUUACGUUCUGCAGUGAUGUACAUAUACUUGUGGUGUUUGAAUUUAAUUCAAUAGAAAUGAAUUGUAUGAAGAGCUGUUUGAACUGAUUUUGUUUACUUUACAAAUAUACAUGCAAAUGCAUUAUUAGAUGGUAAUUAUACGUUAUUUGGCUGUUCAAUUUUUAAUGAAAUGUGAGUUUUUAAUCAAUAAAACGUUGCAAACGGUUUAACAAUAAUUUUGAUGUUUUUUAAU